AAAGACGUGUGUACUCUAAGAGGAGAUGUUGCUGCUGAAGGGUCUGUCCUCCUGGUUGCUGGUGGUUUUCCUGCAGCAGCAGGUCUCUCUGGUCUCCGGGAGAGCGCAGCGGAGCGGCAGCAGGAGCGGCCGCAGGAGCGCGGCCUCCGGCCGGGGGAAGUUCCCCAGCGGGUCCAUGCAGUGCGCCUGGAGCGCGCAGGAGGUCGGAGACGCGGUGACGCUGCGGGUCACCUGCGAGGACGCAGAGGCCAGGGUCAAGGGCGGAAUCACCGACCUGGCCUGCAAUUACGUGGGCAAACCCCAGAGCUGCCCGGGUUACCGCUCCGACCCCAAGGGCUUCUGGAAACAAGCGGGCCGCGCACUGAAGAAGCUGCAGGGCAGAGUGUGCCGGGACGAGCGCGCUCUCGUCAAGGCCGGCAUGUGCAAGCAGGCGCCAAAGGAUGCGCACUUCAAGCUGGACGUCUCCACUUCGGUCAUUGGAGCUCAGUCCGGAGUUCUGGAGCCGAGACCGGAGCUGCAGCGUCCCACCGCGUCCAACCCGCCCGCGAGACCCGCGUCCAGCCGGCCGACGGCCUGCUCCAAGCCCGCGGACCACCGCAGGACCGCGGGGGAGUACUGCAGCAGCUCCUGGGCCAGCGUGUGCACCUUCUUCCUGUCCAUGCUGCAGAGCGACGACUGCUAGCUCAGGCAGACAACAGCUCUGAUUGAUGUGGAAUCAAGCAGAGUUUGUGUAUUUAACACACGUGAACGUGGUUAUCUCCAACUAUGCAAAAACUCAAAAUCUUACCAGGAAUAUUUGUCUUAUUUCUAGUUAAAAUGUUUCAUUUUUAGUCAAAAAAUCUCAUUACACUUAAAACAAGAGUCAUUACCAGAAAAAUAACUUGUUAUUUGACCAUUUUCACCUGUUUCAAGUACAUUUUCACUUGAAAUAAGUAGAAAAAUCUGCCAGUGGGACAAGAUUUAUCUUCUCAUUAAAAAAUCUUGUUCCACUGGCAGAUUUUUCUACUUAUUUUAAGUGAAAAUCUACUUGAAACCGAUGAACAUUGUUGUUUUUUUCCAGUGAUGAGUCUUGUUUGAAGUGUAAUGAGAUUUUUUUGACUAAAAAUUAGACAUUUUAACUAGAAAUAAGACAAAUAUUCUUGUUAAGAUUUUGAGUUUUUGCAGUGUAUCACGUGCGCCCAUAUUAAUAUAUUACACUACUGUGCUCAGAUGUGCUUAUUUAUCAGAAGGGUGUCGUGUCUCAGCAAAUCUGAACUGAAAAUUAUUUUUAUUUUCCUUCAAAUGUAGUAAUUUAUGGGCGGUGGCCUAGUUCAAUAAUUACAAGGAAACCAGUUGUACCUGAGCAGUUAUACUACUUUUUAACCACUAGGCCUAUAGUCCUUAGAAGUAUAUUAUCUUGGCAACAUUUUUUCUCAGUGUGCUCAGUGUGUGUCUGAUUUGUCAGAUGAAUAUAAUGUCUUUACAGAUAAACAUAUAAAACAAAACCACAUCAUGAAACUAUAAAAAUUAUCUAUUGCAAUGGAAAAAACACUGAUAGCUCUGCUCUUCAAUGCAUGCUGUUCAGGAGUUUUUUUGUUUUACAAUUCUAUUGGGAAUCCAUUAUGUCUCAGAAUAGGCUGUGCUUUCUUCUUUGAAUAAUCUAUUUUGACAAAUAAAGUUUUAAUUUCUAUUAAACAGCUUUAAUUACACAUUUACUCUCAAUACAAACGAUUCUCAAUUUUAUAGACUCAUAUUUGACACCUUCCCCUAAUCACUGAUUAUGCUUCCUGCGUUGCUACAGAGUUACUGUUUUGUUCAGAAAAUAUGCUGUCCUGCAAACCAUGAAUAUUUUACUGUAAAGAAAAGUAGUCUUGAAUGGCUAUUUUACCUUUUGUUAUUAGACAGAAGUGAUUAUUUUUUUGUGAUAAUUUUCCUCUACCUCUGUUUAACCACUCUAAAAUUGUAUCAACACCACUUUUAUGCACCGCAAAUAAAUACU